CGCGAUUAUAGACGUGAUUUAUAAGAUAAUUAAAAGUGAUUCUUAUAUUUUUGUUUUAUUUUUCUUAUAGUUUUUUUCUUUCUACAAUUUUUAUAAUGUGAGCCGACGAAAAAAUUAAAUUUAUGAAUAAAAUUAUUAAAAUAAAUCUGUGAAAUUUCAAUAAAACUCAUAUAAAUUAAGAAAAGAAUCAUGCAAACAUAAAUAUAUUUUUUAUUACUUGAUGGCGCUGAUGGUGAUGUGGAGUAAAAAAUGACAAUGACAUUUAUUUUUUCAAUCGAAUUUAUAUUAUUUUUAUAUUAAUAUAAUUUUAUAAGUGCGCAAAUUAAUUUCUUUAAAACGAAAAAAAGAAAUAUUUAAUGUAAAAAUUUAAAAUAAAAAGUUUAUUAAAAAAACUAUUGAAUAUAUUGUGCAAAAUUUCGUAAUUUUUAAUAUUAAAAUAAUUUUAAAUCAUAAAAAUGUUCUUAUACAUUAAAAUAAAAAUUAAAUUAAGCUGUUUACGUCAUUUUAUAUUAUAUGAAGCCUAUGCCUAUGUAUCGACGCGAAAUAACACAAACUCAACUUGAGCAAAUUUAAAUUGCAUAUUUUUGUGUAUUUUUUGACAUUUUUGCUUGGUUUGAUUUAAUUUUUCGUUCCAAAUUGUGUUUUUUUUUUUGUUAUAUUGAUAUAAGUUUUAACAUUUGACUUACAUACAUACAUUAUUAUAAAAGAACAUUUCAUAAGGGAAGAUAUUUUUACCUUUUAUUGUUCAAUUAAUAAAAAAACGUGUAAUUUUCACUUUCUUUACGUGAUUUUCGUUGGUGUAGUUUGUAGUAUCUAAAAGCAAUUCGUUAAAAAAUCAAAGCUUUCGAUGUAAAACAUAUACGACGCUCUUUGCAUUAUUAGAACCAAAUUUACGUGAAAUCAUAUUUUAUUUCAAGUAAUAAAUUUCAACAAAAAAAGAAAGGAGAAAUUAAAUUCUAAUUUUCAAUACAAACUGUAAAUUCACAUACAUAUAGAUGUAUAAAUAAAGUAUAUAUACAUAACAAAUUUUGUUUAUAACUCAGCAUAUAUUUAUGUAUAUAACAUACAUGUUUUAUACAUUAUGUAGCUUUGAAAACGGUUAACAACCACCAAAUAUAAUAAAAACAACAAUAAUAAUGGUGACAAGAAAUGUUCAAAAUCAGCAAAUAAUUUACAAAACUUAUUCAAAACUAGUUCCAAUUUUAUUUCUUUUACCAAAGUGUGGCAUUUCAGUUGAUUAUUUUAAUUUUCGUUAAUAUUUUUUUUGUUACGCUUUUUUAAAUAUUUGAUAAUAAGUGGUUAAAAAAUUAGAAUAAAAAAAAUCAAGUUAUUUAAAAAUUUAUUUAAAAAUUGUCAAAUAUUUUUAGAUAUUUACUUACAAAUACACAUGUACACAUAUAUGUAUAUGCAAAACUACAAUACAAAAGAAAAAAAAUAGAAAAAAUAAAAAAAUAAUUAAAAACUUUCUGAUAAGGCAAAAAAUCAUUAUCAGCAAUAAUUACAUUAAGCCAUAAUAAAAAGAAAUCAAAUUGACAUUGUGAUUGGGUAAAAAAUAAAGAGAGACGAGAGAUAUUUUGUGUUAUUAUAAGUAAUUAAAAAGAGCAAGAUAUACAUUUUGUAUUUUAAAACGAUAUUGAAUGAAACUGCUGUGGUGCUACAUCGAGAAUAAUUAAAAAUUAACUAGAAAGUUGGAAUUACGAUAGAUAAAUUAGCAAACGCCUAAUUACCACAAUAACUUGUUUAUAAAACUGUGUGCUAAAUUAAAUAAAAAUUGAAAGAAAAAUACACGAAAGUUUAAAAUUUCAUUUAAGUUUCUAAAAACACAAAAUAUUUUAAAUUUGAUUGUUAAAAAUUAAAUAAUUUAUAUCGAAAAUUAUAUAACAAAUAAUUGAUAAAUGGUUUUAUGAACAAAUUAAAAUAAUUAUGAUAAGCAGCAUAAAAAGUCAAACCUUAAAACAAACAACAACAGUGUCAUCAUCAACUGCAUCGGACGACGAACAUACACUUCACCAACAUUUAAUUGAGGAUAUGCUAAUAAGGCCAUUAAAUAACGAUGAUGAAAAUAAUUUAUUUGGAGAAACUAUAAUGGUUAAGUCAACAAUACCAUCUGUAAAUGAAAAUUUUAUUGAUUCUAAAGUAUUUAGUAACAAUAAUAGUAAUAGUGAUAACACUAAUAAUAGUAUUUUAUUAAAUUCAAAUAAUAUUGAUAAUAAUGAUAUUAUAUUAAAUAAUAAUAAUGGUAAUAAUAACAUUAAUUAUGAAUUAAAAAUGAUGCAAAACAGUUCAGUAACAACAAAAUUAAAUGAUACUCAAAAUUUAUAUAAAAUUAAUAAUAUAAAAAAAGAAAAUAUAACUGAUGAUUUUAAUAAAGAUGAUUUAAAAAAUUACAUAAUGUCGAUUUCAAGUUCAAUUACAUCAACAAAUACAACAAAUUCCAAUGAUAUAUCGGUAAAUAAUAACAAUAGUAAUAAUAAUAACAUAAAAAGUAGUAAUAAUAAAGGUAAUAAUAAUGAAAAUAUUGAUAAUUUAAUAUAUAAUAAUAAUGAAUCUGAAUUUGCUAUUAAUUCAAUUUCUACAAUACCAAUUAAUAAUGCCAAAGAUUUUUCUAAUAAUAAUGAUAAUAAUUUAAUACAAGAGCAAAAGCCAUUAAUUCAACAAGACAUUUCUAAUAAUUUAAUAAAGUCUGCAGUUAAAUUGGAACCAGAUUCAAUAUCAAAUUCAACAUCAUCAGUAUCAAAUAUUAACUCAAAUUCUUUUAAAAAUGGUAUGAUAUCUAAUAAUACUACUAAAGUUGAUGAUAAAAGUGCCUUAUUUAAUUCAUCUACUAAUAAUAAUAGUAAUAAUAAACUUAGUUUCUGUAAUAUAUCUCCUGUACCAGUAAAAUUAACAAAAUUUCCAAUAUUUGAUGAUUCAAAUCAAAUUACAUCAACUUGCAAUAAUUCUAAUAAUUUAUUACAAUCACAAAAGCAAUCAAAUGAGGGUACACCAAAAAUGACUUCAAAUUUCUUAAAUAACAUCAAAGUAUCAACUAAUGAUAAAAUAUCAGAUAAUAACAAAAUUGCUACUUCAAUUGCAACAUCGACAACUGUUGUUAAAGCAAAUAGUAGUAAACAUUCUUCUGCUGGCACUCGUGUUGGUUUCAUAAGUUUAGAACAAAAUGGUUGGAAUUUAAAUUUUAUUACUACAACUAGCUUAAUACCACCUAUAUCGACCACAAAAAUCAAUAAUACAAAAAAAUUUGAAACACCGCAAAUUCCAAUAAAAACUACAACAAUCAAUAGUAGUUGUAAUAAUAGAAUUAAUGUUUUUAAUGACAAUUCAAUAAAUUCUAAUUUGAAAGUGGAUGGUGAUAGCAAUAGCAAUAAAAAUACAAUUAAUCAUCAUGUCAAUAAUGCAAUUGUGAAUCGAUCAUUGAUUGAAGAUGUUCAUAAUUAUUCGAAAAAAAGUAAACGUUUUCCAAUGGAAUGUGUUAGUACAACAAAUUCAAGCGUGGAAGAAUCGGAGGAAGAUGACGAUCCAGACGAUGAUAAUGAUGAUGGUUAUAUUGAUUAUGAGGAGGACGGAGAAGAAGAAAUAUGUGGUAAUGAGUUUGAUUAUCGAAAAUUUUUAACAACAAAAACUAAGAAUAAAAAACGAUUCCAAACUCUUAAAAUUGACUCAAAUAUUGGAUACAUUGGAAAUAAAAAAUUGCAAGAUAAAAUUGAAAAAAUGAUUGUAGAUCAGAAAGAAUAUUCCACAAACAAUGAGAUUUAUAAAAAAACGCAACAAGAAAUAGGUUUUAUUGGUCCUAGUACAAAUAAUGAUGAGAAUGGGGAAUCAUUGUUAACGCCAGAACAUCACGCUCGUAGACCAAUGAAUGCGUUUUUAAUAUUUUGUAAAAGACAUCGUGCUAUAGUUAGAGAUAAAUAUAAAAAUAUUGAAAACAGACAAGUCACAAAAAUUCUUGGAGAGUGGUGGGAAAACAUGUCACAGGAUGAGAAAAGUUCAUAUACGAAUUUAGCAAAGGAGUAUAAGGAUGCAUUUUUGUCAGCAAAUCCGAAUUUCAAAUGGUAUAAACUACCAGCACCACCACUUAGGACAUUAGUUACGAGACCUCUAAAUACAAAUGAAUCUUCGUUAGAAGAACCAUUACCUCCAACUUUAAAGCAACCAAAACAUUCAUCACCUUUUAAACAAAGUUCUCCCCCAAUUGAAGAAAAUAUACCAAUUUCAAAAGAAAAAAUUGUUGAUAGAAUGUCACCAAUUGAACCUAAACAUGAAGGGAAUGUUGGGAUGUUUAAAUUUGCAGAUGAAACGCAAAUGGGAGGCCUUAGUAGCCUUAUAACGUGUAGCAACAGCCCAAAUGGCAACAACAGCCCCGAUAUAAAUAAAAUUUAUAAAUCUGAAAAUCAAAAUAACGAUCAUGAACAUCUUCAAUGCCCUUUAACUGAAACAUCACAAUUUAUCUCUUUAGCAAUGCCUAAGACUAAACCAGAUAUAUCAAAUUUAGAACCAUUUGAGCGUAUGCGUAAUCAUGCAAAAGAAAUGCAAUUAUCAAUAAAAAAUAACAAAAGGAAAAUCCUUAUUGCCGAUAACAUUGAUAUUGGUAUAGGGGGUAAGAAAUUUAUUAGAGAUAAUAGUUUUUCUAGUAGUGAAGAGGAUAACUGGCUUCGGAAGCCAACAAGAUCAUGCAAAGGUAAAAAAUAUCAAGAAUUAAUAAGCUCUGGACAAAUUGCCACUUCUUCGAAAAAAAAUAAAAAAUCGACAUCAAACACUUUUGCACAAUCUGAUUUUAUUAAAUCUAGUAAUAUUAAAGAUUCAUCUAGCGAUAGUGAUGGAGCUGCAGCUACUCAAACUAAUUACUCUGAUAAUAAUCUGUCACCUUUAAAAAUAAAUGUUAAGGAUGAAGAACCUGAAAAUCUCCCAAAUGUUAAAAAGACAAGUGAUAUUGAAAAAUCUAGACAAUGUGAAGAUAAUCAAUUAGUGAUACAAUCGACUGAAGGAAAGCCUUUCGAUACGAAUGCAUUCGAUUUAGAAGCUAAAAUAAUGGCUUUACCAGCACAAGAUUUAGAAGAAUAUCUACAAAAAAAGCAAGAGUCAAAAUGCAAGAAAAAAAUAGCAUCAAAACGCAGAAAAAAAUUUAAUUCAAAGAAAAUAUCGAAAUCUAGCAAUAGCAAUAAUAAUAACGAUAACAGAGCUUCUCCUUGCUCACUAUCAUUAGAUAUUUCUAACCAAAAUUCUUCAAAGUCAAGUGAAAUGCAAGAUAUUAUUACACAACAAAAAUCGCAGCAGCAAAUUGAUUCAAUUAAAGAACAUAUAGUCGGUAGUCAAAAACGCAAAGCUCGCAAAGAAAGUAUCACUCGUCGUGAUUUAAAUGCCAUUUAUAAAACAACAACUCCCGUAAUGACAGCAAGUGAACCACCUAUUAAUUGGGUUAAUUCAAGUGAUAUAAAAAUUGAAUCAAAUAGCGAAAUCGAUAAUGCUCAUUAUGAGCCAUUAUUCUUACAAUGUCAUGAAGAGCAACCAGUGCAAAAGAUUGAAUGUGUAUCACCUGCAAACGAACAACUUACUUAUCAGGUAUAUGAACCAAAACUGGCUGAACCAACCUCAAAACCACAUUUACUUAUUUUAGCUGAAGUCGCCAGUAAUUUUGACGAGUAAUCUUUAUUAAAUUUUAUUCCUAAUUCUUUUACUUAGUUAAGGAAUUUUUUAAUGUUGAAUCUAUUAAGUGAUCACUAUUUAUUUGUACUAAUACGCAUAUAUCAAUAAAUAAUGACCCUCAAUAUACAAAUUUAGGAGAAAUUUAUAUAACAUUAAGGAGAAUCAAUAACAAUGUUUUUCAAUCAGUCAUUUCAAAUAUUUUUUAUGUCCGCAAUUACUUGUUAAAAUAUGCUCAUACAAAUUGCAAAGUUUUUUAAAUGAAGUAAAUAAUUCAAUAUUAUUUUUAAUAUAUUUUGUUUUCUUCUCUUAAUGCGCUUAAAAACUCGAAAUUCAUAUAAUCUUUUCAAUGAAUCUUUUAAAUUUUUACAAAUUAAUUGAUAAUAAAAUUGGUGGUUUCAGUAUAGUAGUUAUAAAGUUCCACAGGUCAGUCAUAUUUUAAGCAAAUGAACCAUUCACUUUUGCUUUGUAGAAAUUUUUUCCUUUUUUGAAAUCUUAUAAUUUUGUGAUUAGUGUUUCAAUUAAUGAGCAAAAUUUAUCAAAUUUUUUUAAAGACUUUGAAAUUUCGUUCUAUGCAACUAUAAAUACUAAAUUAUUUUUAUUUUAAUUUUUUAUUUAAUUUGCAUAAGUUUUAGAUUGAAGCAAGUUUUAAAGACAUAAUACCCUAAUUUAACUAUUUAUGUAUUUGUGAUGAUUGAUUGGAAGACAAGUAAUUUUAUUUUAUUUAAGAAAAUUAAACCUAUUUAAAGAAAUGUUAUAAGUUUAAAAAAUUACCUUUAUUGAUUGUAUUUAUUUUACUUAAAAACCAAUUAAAUACAAUAAAUUAAAUAUUAUAUUACUUAAAUUAUUUUAAAGAGAAAACAAAAUCGUAAAAUGAUGUGACUUAAAUUAGACUGCAAUAAAUAUUACAAAUUUAAGGAUACUGUGAGGAAAUAUAAGAUGUUUUUAAGAAUGGUAUAUAUAUAUACAAUACAUAUAGGCAAUAUAAAAAGUAAUUUAUAUAUUAAAAUAUAGAAGAAAGAAAACUAAAUAGACAGUUUAAAACACUAUUAGCCAUUGAAAUUAAAAGAACAUUGAUUGUGUGGUUUGAUUUUUUUUUGGCAAAAAAAGAAAACAAAUUUAUUACUUGUAUUGUUAAUAAUCAUAAUAAAUUAUUCAUUUUAGAAGAAUACGUAUAUUAAAUAAUAUAUUUAUUUUGUUUUUCAAUAUUAUUAAUAAGAGUUUGAAAUA